ACGACCUACCCCAGGUCAUAGUGCCUACCAUCCUCUCGAGCCGAUCAGACCUUCCGGCUCCUUACGCUGUCCAGGUCACACACCAUGAUGUGGGUUGUCUUGCCUCUCCUCCUGGGGCUGUCCUCCGCCAUGCCCCAGGCGCCCUCCACAGGCUAUGUCCUUCCCCAGCCUGCCGGAGGCGCCGCCCUCCUCUCCACCGGAUCCGCCCCCAGCCCCCAGCCCGCCGCGCCCGUCGUUCAGCUCCCUAACGCCCUAGCCCAGGUCAUGCGAGCCGCCCAGGCUCACCUCGCCUCCGCUCCUGCCGGCGCUCCUUCCGCUGGCGCCCUGGCCGUUCCUGCUGCUCCCGCCGCCCCUACUGCCCCCGCCGCUCCUGCUGCCCCUGCUGCCCCUGCUGCGCCUGCUGCCCCUGCUGCGCCUGCUGCUCCUGUCGCUCCAGCUGCUCCUGCUGCCCCCACUGUACCUGCUGCACCAGCCGCUCCUACUGCACCUGCUGCGCCAACUGCGCCUACUGUGCCAGUCGCCCCAGCUGCCCCUACUACUCAUUCUGCUCCUGCUGCGCCUGCUGUACAUUCUGCUCCAGCUGCACCAGCUGCCCCUGCUGCGCCUGCUGCUCCUGCUACCCACCCAGCCGCGGCUGCGCCUGUUGCCCUCGGGUUGACCCAGGCAGCGCCCCAGACGGGCGGGCAGGGCAGCCAGCCGCUGCUCCUCCAGGGCUCCAACCUGGCCGGCCUCGGGAGCCUCGGAAACCUCGGGGGCUUCGGCGGCCACUCGCCCUUCAUCAUCGUUGUACCCACCAACUUCGCCGGGGGCGCUUCCCAGCCUUCCGGCCAGGCUGCUGCCUCUGCCCCAGCUGCCCCUGCUCCUGCUUCUCUUGCCCCUAUCCCAGCUGCCCCUGCCCCAGCUGCACCUGCCCCAGCUGCACCUGCCCCAGCUGCACCAGCAGCUCUUACUGCACAAGCCCCUAUUGUUCCAGGGGCCACUCCAAUUAUUGUUAUUGACCCUACUACGAUGGCAGGUCUAAGCUCACUGUCUGCCGGCUCCGCCCCAGCUUCGUCUGGAUUUGCUGCAGCUCCAUCUGGCUCCGCCCCUGCUUCAUUUGGCUCUGCUCCUGCUUCAUUUGGCUCCGCCCCAGCUUCGUCUGGAUUUGCUGCAGCUCCAUCUGGCUCUGCCCCUGCUUCAUUUGGCUCUGCCCCUGCUUCGUCUGGAUUUGCUGCAGCUCCAUCUGGCUCCACCCCUGCUUCAUUUGGCUCCGCCCCUGCUUCGUCUGGAUUUGCUGCAGCUCCAUCUGGCUCCGCCCCUGCUUCAUUUGGCUCUGCCCCUGCUUCGUCUGGAUUUGCUGCAGCUCCAUCUGGCUCCGCCCCUGCGUCAUUUGGAUCCGCCCCUGCUUCAUCUGGCUCCGCCCCUGCUUCAUUUGGCUCCGCCCCAGCUUCGUCUGGAUUUGCUGCAGCCCCAUCUGGCUCCGCCCCAGCUUCAUCAGGCUCUGCCCCAGCUUCAUCUGGAUUUGCUGCAGCUCCAUCUGGCUCCGCCCCAACUUCAUUUGGUUCCGCCCCAGCUUCAUCAGGCUCCGCCCCUGCUUCGUCUGGAUCUGUUGCAGCUUCUGCUGCUGCGCCUGCUGCACACUCUGCCCCAGCAUCAUCUGGCUCAUCUGCAGCUCCUUCUACAUCAGCUGCAUCUUCCCCUGCCACCACACAUGCUGCCCCUGCUCCUGCUGCACCAGCUGCUCUUACCGCACAAGUCCCUGUCGUCCCGGGCUCUACUCCAAUCAUUGUUGUUGAUUCUACUGCGCUGCCGGGCCAGGCAAGCGCAUUGUCUGCAGCCUCUGCCCCAGCAUCAUCUGGUUCAGCUGCCGCGUCAUCUGGUUCGUCCCCUGCUGCCUCUGGCUCCCCUGCAGCCGCAUCUGCCUCUGUUGCAGCUUCAUCCGGAUCUGCCGCAGCUCCGUCUACCUCUGCCGGAGCAUCUGCCGGAGCAUCUGCCGGAACCACAGCUGCGACACUAGGGGCACCUGCACCGAUACCCAUUCUCCUCAACCUUCGCUCGCAUGACGUUGUGGGCAACACCACCAACUUUUCCUUCAGCGUGGUAGGCGGAGAUGGCACCGUCAGACACGAGACGGGGUCUGGGGGCGGUCUCACCCCUCUCAACGUCGCAGGCAACUAUUCAUUCGUUCUCCCCAACGGCGUGCCCUUCGACCUCUCCUACACCGCCGGCGUCCAGGGAUUCCAACCCGUGUCCUCCCACAUCCCCCAGCCGGUCCCUUCACCCUUCCACCGACCGAUCGUGACCGCCCAGGGUGUGAAGGGUGAGGGGGCAGCCCCAGCUCCUUCCCAGCCAGCUUCCUCGGGGGCGUCUCUAGCGCCUUCCCAGUCAGCUCCCACGAAAACAUACGGUGUUCCAGCAUAGUGUGUGACCUUCGCAUGCUUUGAAAAUUCGUGUUGUAUCAGAUGGUAUUAUUUAUGAGAGUUUAGUUUAUGUCAUUCCUUUAUGCUUUAAGGAUAACGAAUUCUGAAGAAUGUAUAUGUAGGUUUAGUAUCAUUUACAAAUUUUCUAGUACAAUUUGUAACGAUGAAAAAAAAACAAAAACAAAAAAAAAAACGAAAAGGUGUGAGUGUUAUGUCAAUCUUUUAUUCACUAUCUAGUCUCCUCUUCCUCUCCAUGUCUUUUAUUGUCUUUUAUUAUUUUCUCAUUUAUUUUCAUUCCACUUUGAUUUCGAUAUGUUCCAAAACCAUUCAUUUUUCUUUCGUAAACAUUACCAAUAUGCUUCGUAUCUCCAUGUCCCUUUUUAUCAUCACUAAAUGGUGUUUCCGAGUCCUAAGCGUCAAAAUCGAGAAUAUGUGGCCAGCUUAUAUAUAUCAUAUUGAUAUUAUGAUCACGGAAUGCCAUUUCAUCAGCUGUGCAACUAACUCAACUGUUUCAUAAUCUGAAUUGAACGAAAUAGAUGUAACCUUCGCUUGAUAUCAAUUUCUUAGCUGAAGAUAGAGUAGAUGACGAAAAUUAAAGAAAAUGAGAAGUUUAUCUGUAUGGAAUGCUUGUGCUGUAUUUAUGUAAGAUUAAAUAAAACAGACGAUAUUA